AGCAGAAAGAUUUUGCUACAUUAUCUUUAUUAUUCUCUUUAUUACUGAAGCUGUGAAAGAAACUAAAAAAACCAUGUCUACUGGUAGUGGUCGCAAGAAAGCAUUGCUAAAGGUCAUAAUUUUAGGAAACUCGGGAGUUGGAAAGACAUCUCUUAUGAACCAGUUUGUCAACAGAAAAUUUAGCAACCAAUACAAGGCUACUAUUGGUGCUGACUUCCUCACCAAAGAAGUUAUGGUUGAUGACAGACUAGUGACAAUGCAGAUAUGGGACACAGCAGGUCAGGAACGCUUCCAGUCCCUGGGAGUUGCAUUUUACCGUGGAGCUGACUGUUGUGUGCUGGUCUAUGACGUCACAUCUCCUGACUCCUUUAAAGCUCUCGACUCCUGGCGGGAUGAGUUCCUCAUACAGGCAUCUCCAAGAGAUGCUGAUAACUUCCCAUUUGUUGUCCUUGGAAAUAAGGUUGACCUAGAGAACCGGACAGUUUCAAGCAAGCGGGCGCAGCAGUGGUGCCAGAACAAGUCAGAUGUUCCGUACUUUGAGACGAGCGCCAAGGAGGCCAUCAACAUCGAGCUCGCCUUCCAGACCAUCGCUCGUAACGCCCUCGCUCAGGACCAGGACCUGGACCUUGUGAACGAAUUCCCUGACCAAAUCAAGCUCACCGAUGAUAAACAGAACAAACAGGACUCUUGUGCAUGUUAAUGAUGAUAAGCGUAAUUGUGGAGCAUCAUGUGAUAUGUGAGCGGACGUGGGAGAGACGACGUGGAGGCCGCUGGUCUGUCCUGCAUUGUUUGUAAUCUGUUUAACACGUUGAGUGCGGCAACGACCCAUAGCGCUGGCAGCUGGCCUAAAAACGGCCAAGUCCGCUGCUAAAAAGGCCUAUAAUUCAAAAU